AUGGCGCUCGGUCCCCCCGAGCGGGACGCGCCGGGGCUGCCGCUGCACUCGCCGUGGACCUUCUGGCUGGACAAAUUUGGCUUGAAGGCAUCASCGCCGGCGGUGGAAGAACUGCCUGGAGCCAUGGAUAUUCCCUGCGUGCGUUGGGUGACAUGGCACCUGGCGGCAAAGCUGCCCUGUGAGACGGGCUUCUCCUCAGCCUGUGCCYGCGUCCCAUCCAUCGGGGUACGGGGGAGCUUGUGGCUGGUGUGGCCGGCCUGGUCACUUCCUGGUACAACAGCGGCUGAAUGUGCAUUAAAUUUGAAGAAGAUUUAUACAGUACAAACAGUGCAGGAUUUCUGGAGUGUCUACAACAACAUUCCUCCUGUGACAAAUUUGCUACGAUGUAGCUACCAUUUAAUGCAGGGAGAAAGAUGCCCGAUUUGGGAAGAAAGCAAUGCCAAAGGAGGUAUAUGGAAAAUGAAGUUCCCUAAAGAAAGUACGGUUGCAGUUUGGAGAGAGCUACUGCUAGCAACUAUUGGAGAGCAGUUUACAGAUUGUUGUUCAGCAGAUGAUGAAGUAAUAGGGGUUAGUGUCAGUGUUCGAGACCGUGAGGAUGUUGUGUAAAUCUGGAACAUGAACUCCUCUUCAGCAARUGAAGCAAAAGUUUAAGAAAAGAUUCAUAAACWUCUCCCACACGUGCCUUUUAAAGCAGUCUUUUAUAAAUCCCACAGAGAGCAUCACGCUUUUGAAGGCUGAUGUGGAAAGCAUUAAGUGCAUUGUAUGCCAUGAUCAUUUGUUUUGAGCUGGUCUGGACGAGGAGGAGGGUGGUGGAAGCCCUGCAGAAGUGCCACAUGGGGUUGACCGUUUUGAGUUUCUGACAAUUCAAACUGGGCUGUUGCUACUGAAAAUGAAAAAAUCCGAACAGAUGCCUUGACCACUAAAUACAUGAUUCAUUAUUUCAUGCUGAGUUGGUGUUUUUAAUUCUUCAUUGUUUCUUAAAAAAAAAUAUUUUGGCUACUUGUUUAUUUUAACCUGAUUAUAUCUGUUCCCAUUUCAUUAAGAUAGUAGGCUUUCUUUUCUUUUAUACUGUACUUAGUGAAAGGCAAAUGUGCACAGAGAUGCUGUUCUGCUUUUCCAAGAUGUGCUGUACAUAUCCUGGCUUGGGUAAAGUGUUUUCAAUUUUCACUUUUAAACAUUCCUAUCAUGUUAAAAUUUACUCACUGGUUUUGUCCCAAGAGAGAAAGAAAUUGCAUUGCAUUUAUUCUAAUGUUCAGUGUAAUCUGAACUUGCAUUGACAAYAGCUGUAAAUGUAAAUAGAAAAGGGUACCUCAAAUGAGCAGCUAAAGAGAAYACAUUUAUAUUGGGACUAACCCUGUGAAGGAUGAUGUUUAUGUCUUUCAGUUGUAAUGAUUUCAGAAGAGCCCUUGUUCAGGUUAGAAUGAGAAAUUUCUCAGUAGGAAAUCCUGUAAACUCCACCCCUCUUAUUUAAGGGUGAUAGGAUUUUUAUGGUUUUAUAUUGUGUACUUUCUUAUGGUACUUUUUUGUACAUUCGUGAGAAAGUGUCAUGAAUAAUUUCUACUGAAUUGUACAAACUGGAUCCAUCCUUCCUACUUCCUUAAGUAAAUCAGGCCCAUGUCUGCACCCACUAGGUCAGUGUCAGAACUGCUGCUGACUUCAGUGCAAAAGAAGAGAUCCCAUUGUCUGUAGCUUCAAGCCAUCAAAAUUUCCUAAGUGACCUUUUUUUAUACAAAAAAUACAGAAAUUUAUUUUGUAGUGUGAAUAGGAAUAUAAACAGUGUGUUAACCUUUAAAUGUUUGUCUAUACAACUAUUUGAGGUGUUUUAAUAUACUACCAAAGACUGAURUAGUUCCUUUUACAAGAAGCUGCAAGGUAGAGAUGAACAUACCCUCUACUAAGUUCUCCUUCAUCCUUUAGAGGUUUUUGUCUGGCAGCUGUUCAAGUUGCACUGAUUUCCAUGUCUUUAGUUUAUUAAGAGGCAGCYAUAAAAUUAAAAUAAAUUUAAAAAUAAGUAUCACACAUUUGAGAUUCCUUUUUUUACAACUUUAUCUUGUACUUACARUUUUAACUUGUAUUUAUGGAUUAAAACUGUGUGGUUAAUGGGCAUUAUUAAUUAAACACAUUUUCUAUAAUCCAAGUAUCUUGCUUCUGUAAUUGCUUUCUGGGUUGAAGUGUUACUUGUCCUGCUUUUUCAACCCUGUGUAUUUUUCAUUGAAACUUACUUUCUUUAAAGCUGUCUGCUUUGUUCUUAGAUUAAAUUUAUUUUUAGUGAGGAAGUGUGGAUACUUGCAGGUGGGAUUUACCUGGACARCCUCCAGGCCUGCGUGAUGGAGGGGGAAGAGUGACUUUGGAGAAGUGAGGGUUAGAACCCAGUGAGGAGAAAUGUUUUCAGCUGCUUGAUGACAAAAUUUCUCACUUGAAAUACUUCCCUGUCUUUGGAGGAAAUG